ACGUAACAGAUCUCCAUAGUCAUAGACCUUUCAACUGGGAAGAUCAAAAACCCAAACCCUAAAAAAAAUAAUCUGGGAUUUUGUUAGCACGUCGCGUGAGAGCUAAAAAUGAGCAAAAUAGAACUCAUGAAUUGCAUAUACAAAAACCCUAAUGAACCAAUUGAAGCAAGAAUCAAAGAUCUUCUCUCUCGAAUGACUCUCAGAGAAAAGAUAGGUCAGAUGGCUCAAAUUGAGAGACGCGUCGCCACUCCUUCCGUCAUAAGAGACCUCUGCAUAGGAAGUAUACUCAGCUAUGGUGGAAGUGGGCCAUUCAAGAAUGCUUUGUCGUCUGAUUGGGCCGACAUGGUCGAUGGGUUUCAAAAGUCUGCACUGGAGUCGCGGCUUGGCAUUCCACUUCUCUAUGGAAUUGACGCAGUUCAUGGAAACAACAAUGUCUAUGGCGCUACCAUAUUUCCUCAUAAUGUCGGUCUUGGAGCCACCAGAGAUCCAGAUUUGGCACAAAGGAUUGGGGUUGCGACAGCUCUUGAAGUUAGGGCCAGUGGCAUUCACUACACUUUCGCCCCCUGUGUUGCUGUAUCUAGGGAUCCCAGAUGGGGAAGAUGCUAUGAGAGUUAUAGUGAAGACACUGAAAUUGUUAGAAAGAUGACUUCCAUUGUAUCAGGCUUGCAGGGGCAGCCACCGGAAGGACACCCAAAGGGCUACCCUUUUUUAGCUGGAAGAAAUAAUGUAGUUGCAUGUGCCAAACAUUUCAUUGGAGAUGGGGGUACUGACAGAGGUAUAAAUGAGGGGAACACUAUAUCAUCAUAUGAUGAUUUAGAGAGGAUCCAUAUGGCACCUUUUUUGGACUGUAUAUCUCAGGGAGUGUGCACUGUCAUGGCAUCCUACUCUAGCUGGAAUGGAAGCAAACUGCACUCUGACCGUUUUCUCCUAACACAAGUUUUGAAAGAUAAGCUGGGAUUCAAGGGUAUUCUGAUUUCAGACUGUGAGGGAAUUGACAGACUUUCUGUUCCUCAUGGCUCAAAUUAUCGUUAUUGCAUUUCGUCUUCCAUCAAUGCAGGAAUUGACAUUGUGAUGGUGCCUCUCAGAUAUGAAUUAUUUCUGAAGGAUUUGUUAUAUCUGGUGGAAUCAGGAGAGAUUCCAAUGGCUAGGAUCGAUGAUGCUGUUGUAAGAAUAUUGAGAGUGAAAUUUGUUGCUGGACUUUUUGAAUAUCCCCUGACUGAUAGAUCUUUGCUAGUUACAGUUGGCUGCAAGCUGCAUAGAGAGCUAGCACGUGAAGCAGUUCGCAAGUCCUUGGUUCUGUUGAAGAAUGGAAAGGAUCCAAAAAAACCAUUUCUUCCAUUAGAUAGGAAUGCUAAAAAGAUCCUUGUUGCUGGAACACAUGCUGAUGACCUUGGAUAUCAGUGUGGCGGAUGGACUGCUACUUGGGAUGGAAUCAGUGGGAGAAUUACAAUUGGCACAACUAUAUUGGAUGCGGUUAAAGAAAUGGUGGGAGAAAAAACAGAAGUGAUAUACGAGCAAAAUCCAUCACCAGACACCUUUGUUGGUCAAGAUUUCUCUUUUGCCAUUGUAGCUGUGGGUGAAGGUCCAUAUGCAGAAUUCACUGGAGACAAUUCAGAGCUCACAAUUCCCUUCAAUGGAGCUGACAUUAUAAGCUUAGUUUCUGAGAGAGUUCCUACAGUGGUGAUCCUAAUUUCUGGAAGGCCGUUGGUUUUGGAGCCAUUGCUCUUGAAAAAAAUGGAUGCUCUGGUUGCUGCUUGGUUGCCUGGCAGCGAAGGAUUAGGAAUCACAGAUGUCAUCUUUGGAGAUUAUGAGUUCCAAGGACAACUCCCCGUGACAUGGUUUAAAAGUGUCAAACAACUGCCCAUGCAUGCUGGGAAGAAUUCAUGUGACCCUCUUUUCCCCUUCGGCUUUGGAUUAACAAGCCAUAAGGAUGAGCUUCUAAACGAAUAAGUUUUGACUUCAUCAACCAAGAAAGGCAGAUGUGGGAUUCGUGUUAAAAUAUUCUGGUUGGUAAUAAACUUCAGUCUAUCUUCUUUUCUGCACUUAUGAUUUCCUCCCAUCAUGCACUUCAUCUACCAUUACUCCACCACCUAUUCCCAGUUGCAACUGGUGUCGGCAAUUUAUGGUGGUUAAUGUCAGUCUUUUCCAAAGGCAUGUGAAGAUUAUAGGAUAAAAUGUAAUAACUUGUAAGAGCAUAAAUCUCAAAAGACUGUAAUAUGAAUUGGUGGUAAGAGAACUUGAGACAGAAUGCAUCUUCUGCUUUCCGUCCUCGUGUAUUAUCUUCUCUGAUAGGUAUGUAACGAGGCCCCCACAAGGCAUUAUUCGCAGAUAUUUGUGGGACGGAAUGAGUGUAGACUGUAGAGAAUCAAACUUGCUUCCAAACAGAGCCCCUCACUGACCUUUUCCCCCA